UCCUUGCCUGUUCUUCCGAUUUCUUCGCUCCUGUUUGAAAUCUUUCGUCGUUCUUUUUGUCUUUGCCUCGUGUGUUUCACGAUUUUUCUCUUUAUCUCUGGAAGCGAAGCGACGGUUCGAGAUCCGGUGUGCGCGAGGGGGGUCGACGCCGAGUAGCGAUGGAGAACACCCCCUCUGCAAGGGGUGGACUCAACAGGGUGCACCUACAAUGCAAGAAUCUUCAGGAAUUCCUGGGGGGCCUGAGUCCUGGGGUAUUGGAUCGUUUAUAUGGGCACCCUGCCACUUGCCUGGCGGUCUUCAGGGAGCUCCCAUCUCUGGCUAAGAACUGGGUGAUGCGGAUGCUCUUUCUGGAGCAGCCUUUGCCGCAAGCUGCCGUGGCUCUGUGGGUGAAGAAGGAAUUCAGCAAGGCCCAGGAGGAAAGUACAGGGCUGCUGAGUGGCCUCCGGAUCUGGCACACCCAGCUGCUCCCAGGUGGCCUCCAGGGCCUCAUCCUUAACCCAGUCUUCCGCCAGAACCUCCGAAUUGCCCUUCUGGGUGGGGGGAAGGCCUGGUCUGAUGACACAAGUCAGCUGGGACCAGACAAGCAUGCUCGGGAUGUUCCCUCACUUGACAAGUACGCCGAGGAGCGAUGGGAGGUGGUAUUGCACUUCAUGGUGGGCUCCCCCAGUGCAGCUGUCAGCCAGGACCUGGCUCAACUCCUCAGCCAGGCUGGGCUCAUGAAGAGUAGUGAACCCGGAGAGCCACCCUGUAUUACUUCUGCUGGAUUCCAGUUCCUGUUGCUGGACACCCCUGCCCAGCUGUGGUACUUUAUGCUGCAGUAUCUGCAGACAGCCCAGAGCCGGGGUAUGGAUCUGGUAGAGAUUCUGUCUUUCCUCUUCCAGCUCAGCUUCUCUACUCUAGGCAAGGAUUACUCUGUGGAAGGUAUGAGUGAUUCUUUGUUGAACUUCUUGCAACAUCUGCGUGAGUUUGGACUUGUUUUCCAGAGGAAGAGGAAAUCGCGGCGUUACUACCCCACACGCCUGGCCAUCAACCUUUCAUCUGGGGUCUCUGGGGCUGCUGGAGGUACUGUGCAUCAGCCAGGCUUCAUUGUCGUGGAAACCAAUUACCGGCUAUAUGCCUACACAGAAUCAGAGCUGCAGAUUGCCCUCAUUGCCCUCUUCUCUGAGAUGCUCUAUCGCUUCCCCAACAUGGUGGUGGCACAAGUGACCCGGGAGAGUGUGCAACAGGCCAUAGCCAGUGGCAUCACAGCCCAACAGAUAAUCCAUUUCCUAAGGACAAGGGCCCACCCAGUGAUGCUCAAACAGACCCCGGUGCUGCCCCCCACCAUCACAGACCAGAUUAGGCUAUGGGAGUUGGAAAGGGACAGACUCCGAUUCACUGAAGGCGUCCUGUACAACCAGUUCCUGUCGCAAGUGGACUUCGAACUGCUGCUGGCCCACGCGCGGGAGCUGGGCGUGCUGGUGUUCGAGAACUCGGCCAAGCGGCUCAUGGUGGUGACCCCGGCCGGGCACAGCGACGUCAAGCGCUUCUGGAAGCGGCAGAAGCACACUCGGGGGUGGGGGGCGGGGGCGGGAGGGCGGUCGCUGCGGACCCCGGCCCACGUGGUGGGGAGGCCGCGCGGGCCGGCCAGACACGCUGCAAAGGCGCCAGGCCUGCUCCUAGGGGCCGCGAGUGUCCAUCAUCCCCUGAAUCCCCGAGCCGCCGCCCUCGGUGCCCGCUGUCAGGGCCGACUCCACGGCGCGGCCUGCGCGGUACCCCAGCCCUCGCGGAGGGCUGCUAGGGGGAGGCAGGAAAUAAAGGGGUGUGACUCCCCGCGCGCGCCCCCGAUGCCUCACGUACCCCUGACCUCGUUCCGGCCCCCACUGUGGGGGCUGAGGCCUGCACGCGGCCUGGGGCGGCCCCGCUCCCUUUCCACGCACUCCGAGCCCCACGGCCCCUCCCUCUCUCGGAGGAACCGGGAGGCCAAACAGAAACGCCUGCGGGAGAAGCAGGAGGCGCUGGGAGCGGCCGUAACCCGGAAAAGCAAGUCACCUGCAGAGUCCAGUAAGGCAUGGAGUCCUAAGGAGAUAGUAUUUUAUGAAGUCCCAACAGAACCCGGUGAAAAGAAAGACGUGUCAGUACCCUUGCCUCCUGCUUACAGCCCCCGAUAUGUUGAGGCUGCUUGGUACCCCUGGUGGGUGCGAGAGGGCUUCUUCAAACCAGAAUACCAGACGAGGCUGCCCCAGGCUACGGGAAAGACCUUCUCCAUGUGUAUCCCACCUCCCAAUGUCACUGGCUCUCUGCACAUCGGCCAUGCACUGACAGUGGCUAUCCAGGAUGCCCUGGUGCGCUGGCAUCGGAUGCGUGGGGAUCGGGUACUGUGGAUCCCUGGCUCAGAUCAUGCAGGAAUUGCCACACAAGCUGUGGUGGAGAAACAACUGUGGAAGGAGCGGGGAGUGAGGAGGCAUGAGCUGGGCCGGGAGGACUUCCUUAGGGAGGUGUGGCAAUGGAAGGAGAAGAAAGGAGGAGAGAUCUGUGAGCAGUUGCGCACUCUGGGGGCCUCCUUGGACUGGGACCGGGAAUGCUUUACCAUGGAUGCGGGUUCUUCAGUGGCUGUGAUGGAAGCUUUUGUGCGACUCUACAACGCAGGGUUGUUGUACCGGAACCGUCAGCUUGUCAACUGGUCAUGCGCUUUGAGAUCAGCCAUCUCAGAUAUUGAGGUGGAGAACCGGCCUCUGCCAGGGCGCACAGAACUCCGGCUGCCUGGCUGCCCCACCCCUGUGUCUUUUGGCCUCCUUGUUUCUGUUGCCUUCCCUGUGGAUGGCGAGCCUGACGCAGAGGUGGUGGUGGGAACCACAAGACCAGAAACAUUGCCUGGAGAUGUGGCUGUGGCUGUUCACCCCGGUGACUGCCGGUACACACAUCUGCAUGGACGACACCUUCGUCACCCCUUGACGGGGCAGCUUCUCCCCCUCAUCACAGACCCUGCAGUUCAGCCGCAGGUGGGCACAGGAGCAGUGAAAGUCACUCCGGCUCACAGUCCUGCUGACGCUGAGAUGGCGGCCCGCCAUGGCUUGAGCCCCCUGACUGUCAUUGCGGAGGAUGGAACCAUGACCUCCCUCUGCGGGGACUGGCUGCAGGGUCUUCACCGAUUUGUGGCCCGGGAGAAGAUUAUGUGUGCCCUGAGGGAGCGGGGCCAGUUCCGGGGCCUCCAGGACCACCCUAUGGUACUGCCCAUGUGCAGCCGCUCUGGGGAUGUGGUGGAAUACCUGUUGAAGAGCCAGUGGUUAGUUCGCUGCCAGGAGAUGGGGGAGCGAGCUGCCCAGGCUGUAGAGUCUGGGGCCUUGGAGCUGUGUCCAUCCUUCCACCAGAAGAGCUGGCAGCACUGGUUCGCCCACAUUGGGGACUGGUGUGUCUCUCGGCAGCUGUGGUGGGGCCAUCGGAUUCCAGCCUACCUCGUCACUGAGGGGCAUGAGAAGCAGGAUGACAAGAAGGACUGCUGGGUGGUGGCGCGGUCCGAGGCCGAGGCCAGGCAGGCAGCGGCAGAACUGACCGGAAGACCAGGGACGGAGCUGACCCUGGAGAGGGACCCCGAUGUCCUGGACACUUGGUUUUCUUCUGCUCUCUUCCCCUUUUCUUCCCUGGGCUGGCCCCAAAAGACCCCAGACCUUGCACAUUUCUACCCCCUGUCACUUUUGGAAACGGGCAGUGACCUCCUGCUGUUCUGGGUGGGUCGGAUGGUCAUGCUGGGGACCCAGCUCACGGGGCAGCUCCCCUUCAGCAAGGUGCUCCUUCAUUCCAUGGUGCGGGACAGGCAGGGCCGGAAGAUGAGCAAGUCCUUGGGGAAUGUGCUGGACCCCCGGGACAUCAUCAGUGGUGUGGAGCUGCAGGUGCUGCAGACCAAGCUGAGAGAUGGGAACCUGGACCCCGCGGAGCUGGCCUUCGCAGCUGCAGCGCAGAAAAAGGACUUUCCUCAUGGGAUCCCCGAGUGCGGGACAGAUGCCCUGAGAUUCGCACUGUGCUCCCAGGCAGUGCUGGGGGGCGACCUGCACCUGUCUGUCUCCGAGGUCCUGAGCUGCCGCCAUUUCUGCAACAAGAUCUGGAAUGCCCUACGUUUUAUUCUCAAUGCUCUAGGGGAGAAUUUUGUACCCCAGCCUUCAGAGGAGCUGUCUCCCACCUCUCCUGUGGACGCCUGGAUCCUGAGCCGCCUGGCCCUUGCUGCCAGCGAGUGCGAGCGGGGCUUCCUCUCCCGGGAGCUCUCAGUGGUCACCCACACCCUGCAUCACUUCUGGCUCCACAACCUCUGUGAUGUCUACCUGGAAGCUGUGAAGCCAGUGCUGUUGCGCAAGCCCCGUCCGCCUGAGCCACCUCAGGUCCUGUUCUCCUGCGCAGAUAUCGGUCUCCGCCUCCUGGCCCCGCUGAUGCCCUUCCUGGCUGAAGAGCUCUGGCAGAGGCUGCCCCAAAGGCCAGGCGGCCUCUCCGCCCCCAGCAUCUGUGUUGCACCCUAUCCCAGUGCCCACAGCUUGGAGCACUGGCGCCAGCCUGAGCUAGAGCAGCGCUUCUCCCGGGUCCAGGAAGUGGUGCAGAUGCUGCGAGCUCUUCGAGCCACCUACCAACUCACCAAAGCCCGGCCCCGAGUGCUGCUGCAGACCGUGGAGCCCGGGGAGCAGGGCCUCUUCCAGGACUUCCUGGAGCCGCUGGGCACGCUGAGCCACUGUGGAGCUGUGAGCAUCCUGCCCCCAGGCGCAGCAGCCCCCGCAGGCUGGGCCCGGGCUGCCCUCAGUGAUACUGUUCAGGUCCACAUGGAGCUGCAGGGCCUGGUGGACCCUCAGACUCAGCUACCUCGGCUAGCCGCCCGAAGACUCAAGUUGCAGAAGCAGCUUGAUGGCCUCAGGGCCUGGACCCCGUCAGAAGGGGAGGCAGACACACAGAAGCAGCAUCGGCUUUCCGCUCUCCAGCUGGAGUUGUCAAAACUGGACCAGGCCGCCUCUCACCUCCAGCAGCUGAUGGAUGAGGCUCCCAGCCCCAGGGAGCUUUGAGCUCAGCUCAUACCCCUGGUCGUUGCCCUCCCUGGCUGGCGCAUCUGAGGUCACAGACUCCACGGUCCACCUUCAUUUUAUAAAUGAGGAAGUGGACCUGCUGGUGAAAGGCAGUGCGGAUACUGCCCGGCCCUCCUGUGCGGCCCGCCUGCCAGCGUAGGAAUGAGGAGACUCAGAUAAACUCAUCAAAUCUCACCUGUGUCUGCUUGCGGGCUUUUUGUCCUUUUGUCUGUUGGUAACCUUCUUACCUCUCCAGUGUUCCUUAAGUGCCUGGUCUGGGAAGAGAGGAAGAGUUCCUCUUAGGUCUUGACCCUGGGCUGCAUGGACGUGUGGGUGCUGGGUAGAAAUGACCUCAUUGGAGGAAGAACCUUCUAGAACUUGGUUCCAGUGCCCUGGCUGCUACCAGCCCUUCAUAGUCCACUUCUCAGCAGAUGGAAGCUUCCCUGCACUUGCCUUUCCCCAGAGAUGCUGAGAAAUGCUGGCCUUCCGCCAGGCCCCAGGGCCUGCAGGGUGUGCUGAGUCCUGUGUGCUUCCUGCCCUCUGUGCACCACCAGGGAAACACUCAGACACACAUGCGCAUGGAUGCGCGGAUAGCCACCCAGCCCUCCCAAACACCUUGAUUCAUCUCAGUGGAAUCCAGGGGCUUUGUCCUGCCAUGCCCACAUUGCAGCUGUCCAGCGCCUCUGGGGAGCUGUUUAUGGCAAGCCGUGGGUCCUUAGUCCUCCAUAGGGCUGGAUGUCCAUUUAGUCCUGCCUAGAACCUUCUGAGGGGAGAAGAAAUGGGCUCAGAGACUACAAGUAACCUGUCCAAGGUACCAACAGAGAUUUAACCCAACUUCUUGAGCCUAAUAACUUAGUUGCCCGCUCUAACUGAACGUUGAGGUGUAAUAGAUGAGAUGAGUGUUUUCCAUGCUGGGUGUAAGCAGUGCAGAACUCUACAGUAAUGGGGCUUCGCACCACUUCUCACCGCUGAACUACUCUCCCCCUGGGCUGCCCCACCCUGCUUCCUGUUGUGCCGGCCUGUGUGGGCCUCUGGGCCAGGGGACCAUGUUCUAGGGGUGUUCUGUCCACAUCCCUGCUUCAACUUGAGCUAAGAGGGCUGAAAUCAAAAUCUUGCUUAAACAUACACCUAGCUGGUGUCUGAUCUCUCCAUUACCAGUGAUAGUUGAGUGAGCCAAGUUAAGUUUCAAUUUCCUUAUUUGUAAAAUAAAGUAAUGAUACCUAUUAUGCAAU